AUGGCGCAUGUAGUAUCAAUAGCAACGCUCUUAGCCGUGGGACUACUUGUGGAUUCAGCCAGUGCAGCUGUAUCACAGGCCUAUACAUGGAAGAAUGUAAAAACAGGAGGGGGAGGAGGCUUUGUGCCCGGAAUUGUCUUCAACCCGUCAGCAAAAGGUGUCGUUUAUGCUCGCACUGAUAUUGGGGGAGCCUACCGUCUCAACAAGGACGAUACUUGGACGCCUCUUCUUGAUUCUGUGAACAACAGUAACUGGCAUGACUGGGGUAUCGAUGCCAUUGCCACAGAUCCAAUCGAUACAGAUCGGCUGUAUCUGGCCGUUGGUAUGUAUACAAAUGAAUGGGACCCCAGUCCAGGCUCUAUAAUGCAAUCAAAAGAUAUGGGAAAAACAUGGCAAGAAACAGAAUUACCCUUCAAAGUUGGAGGAAACAUGCCUGGUCGGGGCGUCGGUGAGCGCCUUGCGGUCGAUCCCAAUGACAAUAGUAUCAUAUACUUUGGAGCUAGAAGUGGACACGGUCUGUGGAAAAGUACAGAUUAUGGUGCUACUUGGUCGAACGUUACUUCCUUCAUUUGGACCGGAACUUACUUCCAGAACUCGAGCUCCUCCUAUACCUCGGAUCCUGUGGGAAUUUCGUGGGUUACUUUUGACUCAACUUCUGGGACAAAAGGGUCACCAACUCCGCGGAUCUUCGUCGGUGUUGUCGAUACUGGAAAAUCUGUUUUCAAGUCUGAAGACGGUGGUGCAACAUGGGCCUGGGUCUCAGGGGAGCCGAUGUACGGAUUCCUCCCUCAUAAGGGCAUUUUAUCACCAGCGGAGAAGACAUUAUACAUCUCAUAUUCCAAUGGUGCAGGCCCAUACGAUGGUACGAAUGGAACCGUGCACAAGUAUAACAUCUCGACAGGCGUCUGGACGGAUAUUAGCCCUACACCUAUGGCUAGUGCAUAUUAUGGGUAUGGUGGUCUGGCUGUAGAUUUACAAGUGCCUGGAACCAUCAUGGUAGCUGCCUUGAACUGCUGGUGGCCCGACGAACUUAUCUGGCGAAGCCUAGAUUCAGGCGCAACUUGGUCUUCUAUCUGGGCCUGGGACGGAUACCCUAACAUCGACUAUUACUACAGUUACGACAUUUCCAAUGCUCCCUGGCUCCAAGACAAUACAUCGACCGCGCAGUUUCCAGUCCGCAUUGGAUGGAUGGUUGAAGCUCUGGCUAUCGAUCCUUUUGACUCUAACCACUGGUUGUAUGGCACUGGCGCUACUAUCUAUGGCGGUCAUGAUCUACUGAAGUGGGAUUCGAUUCAUAAUGUGACUGUAAAAUCUCUUGCCGUUGGAGUGGAAGAAAUGGCCGUGCUUGGCCUCAUCUCACCCCCUGGGGGACCGCCCCUUCUCUCAGCCGUUGGAGACGAGGGAGGUUUCUAUCAUGCGGAUCUCGAUACAGCUCCAGAUCAAUAUUUUCAUAAUCCCACUUACAGCUCGACGAACGGAAUAGACUACGCUGGGAAUAAUCCAUCCAUUAUAGUUCGUUCCGGAUCGAGUUCGACCUUGCCUACUGUUUCGAUAUCUAGAGAUUUCGGUCUUACCUGGUCUGCCGACUACGCUGCAUCAAACAAUACCGUGCCUGGAAGUGUUGCUCUUUCUGCAGACGGAGAUACUGUGCUUCUAUCGCCAACGACCGGUAGUCCUCUGGUUUCAAAAUACAGCAGCACUUUUAGUGCUGUGUCUGGUCUCCCAGCAGGAGCGGUUAUUGCAUCUGAUAAAUCCAACAAUACGGUGUUCUAUGGCGGAUACUCUGGGAGCCUCUAUCUCUCCACUAACGGUGGUGUCUCAUUUAACAAAACUGUUACUCUUGGUUCUAGUACCGCCGUUAAUGCAAUCCGUGCCCAUCCCUCUAUUGCGGGAGAUGUUUGGAUUUCAACAGAUACUGGACUUUGGCAUUCAACGAGCUUUGGUGAGAGUUCUGUGCAUAUUGACAGCGGUUGCACAGCGGGCUGGAGCUUUGGUCUGGGUAAGGCGGCAACAUCCGCAUCUUAUAGUGUUAUAUUUGGUUUCUUCACUGUGGACGGUGUCACUGCUCUGUUCAAAACUGAGGACCAGGGUAUAAACUGGCAAAUGAUUUCUGAUAGCACUCAUGGAUUCGGUGCGUCAUCAGCCAAUAUAGUCAAUGGUGACAUGUCCAAUUAUGGAAGAGUCUUUGUCGGAACAAAUGGAAGAGGAAUUUUGUAUGACAUCGCCAACCAGUGUCGUGUCGUCUACAACUACGCCGAAAUCAAUGAUUACAUCUACUUCCAGCAUAUUAUCCACAGUAUCAACCUCUCAGAGAUCCACUGUAGUCACAACGACCAGUUCGGCCACCGGUACAACUGCAUACCCAUAUGGCCAGUGUGGAGGUUCUGGGUAUACGGGACCAACUAUCUGUCCCAAUGGGUGGACAUGUACGUUUGA